AUUACUGCACGCGUAUCUCAAGUCUCAACACCAAAAUCGCAAGCCGUUAAUUAUUCAUGCGUAGCGCGUUGGUUUCAGCUUUCUUUUUAGAAUCUCGCGUUGCUUUUAGUCUUUAGAACGAAUGAUUUUAGUCUCGCUCUGUUCUCGGACCUGAACGCGUUCCUCCCGGUGGCCGUAGAAAUUCCUGUCCUUUGUUGACUUGGCACGGUACGUGCGCAAAUGCCAUUUCGCCGCUCGGUUUGGUUCAGGGGGAGGAGGAAAGUAGAGAACGCUUCAGGUGUACCAAUUGAACUGGUGCACCCUGCGGGCCCGAACCACCCCAGCCGUCGGAUUGCAAAGAAGGGCCGAUUGAAUCUGAGAUAAGGAAUUCACGGUUCUUCAUUUAGCCCCUUAAGUUUUGAAUCAACCCGCAGUCCACUUCUCUAUAGGAUAUUGCGGACUGCGGGUGAAUUUAAACAGAACUAAGGGUGUGAAUGAAUUACCCUAUCAAAACUACUUCUUUUGUUAGAUGUUCUUCACUUUGUGCCACCCAUAAGUGUCGCAACCUUUUGGUUAUAGUAAACUUAUUUAAGAUAUACUUUGAGAUAAUUAUUUUCAUUAAAUAAAUAUCUUGAGAGAAUUUUUAUUUAGCAGAAAAUUGGAGUGUAUUUUCAAUUUCGAAGCAACCCAUCUGCACUUUUUUCAAAAAAGGGAAAAGGAUCCCCGGCCUCUGCAUCAAUAGAUGCACACAACCAUUUUUAUUGCAAUGCUAAAAAAAGACGAAGUCAUACAGUUCACCGAUCACCGAUCAUGGAUACAAAAAUAAGCCAGUGAAAUAGAACAAACAUAACCAAUCUAGGCGUCUAUGCCGCCAGCCAGCCGGUUAAAGAUAUCCCGAGAUACCAUCUCCAACUGGUUGCAUCCAGUAUCCAAAGGUUCCAGCAGAUGCGCAGGAAGCAGAAAAGCCCAAAGACGAAUCCAGUGAGUAGCUUUGUAGAUAACAUGCAAAAAGUGCGCAAUUCUUGAUCGAUUAAAAACAACAUCAUUUUUGCAAUUUCAAAUAGCCCAACAGAAUGCCGAAAUUCCCAUCCGAAUCUGAGCUUUAAUAUUUGUAUCCACACCAUUAAGCCAAUUGCCAAACAUGUUAGUAAUCGAUGUCGGUGGAGGCAAAUUAAAGGUACAGAAAAUGAUGCGACAAAUAAUACGCGCAAGCGGGCAAGCGAGAAAAAAAUGUUGUACACUCUCAUCAGAAUCACAAAAACAACAUUUUAAACUCCCUGCCCAAUUCUGUGUCGCGAGAUUAUCUUUUGUUAAUAAAACUUGGCGAUCAAGGAACCGCAUAAUUAUCUUGACUUUUGAUGGGAUCUUUAACUCCAAAGGUAUUUCCGAUGAAAAACCGUUUGCCUAUCCAUAUAGUGAGCAUACAUAGACUUAACAGAGAAAACUCCCGAUGAAGUAAGGCUCCAGACAAAUGUAACGGGUUCAUUAGAAAUGUUAACCAUCAUCAUCGUUAGACCAGACGUAAUGAAGUAAGCUCCAGACAAAUAUAUCAGAUUCAUUAGAAAUGUUAACCAUCAUCAAUGGUUGGACCACAUGUAACCAUCUUGUCCAAUUGGCUCCAACAAGGUUUAGUCUAAAACGCAUUUACGCUUGGUUAGAGCAUCUCCACUGAGGCCCCCUAAAGGCCUCCGAAACGGAUUAUGGAAUCUCACCCAGCCCCCCCCCCCCCCCCCCCGCCCAAACAAAAAAGAAGCUGGCAUGGCUUUUAAUUUUAUCCGGCGCCUCCAGGCCGCACCGUACUCACAUGGGGGCUAGCGGGGGGCGCCAAAUGAAGUUGAAAAGCAGCAUGAGCAAUCCAUGUCGGCGAGACAAACCAAAUUUGAGGGACCGACAUUUUUAGGGUGCGGCUGGUUGCUGGCUCCACCCUAAAGGAAUUGUUUGCACCGGCACCUCCCCAUAUGGCCUUGCGUCGGACCCGAUAUGGGGGGGUAGUGGGGCACGAGUGGAGAUGCUCUUAGUCUUACAAAACAGUCGAUAUCAGGCGUUGUGGGCUUGUGGUAGCCGCGAAGUCUCUGUAAAUACUCCUUCUGUACCGAAUUAAUUGGCGCCGGACAUUUUGCCAAAAACCCUUGCUAUUUUUCGAAAUAGAGCUGCAGUCCACGUUCUACUAGAUCUUUUGCAAACAACCCUCUGUAGUUUUUUAAAAUCAAGGCGCAAUCCACAUUCAAUUGAAGAUCUGGACUGCAGCUCAAUUUCAGGAAAUAGCAAGGGUUUUUUGCGAUUGUUUGGCGCCAAUUAAUUUGGAACGGAGCGACUAUUUUACAAGGCGCGAGCGUGUUCUUUAAGAGCACACCUGAUUAAUCAAUCCCCACCAAAUCAGUUGCAUCUCAUACGAGGCAUGCAUCGAAUCAUCGAAAAUCAUACAAACUGCCAUGGGGUCGCGCGGGGCAUAUCUUCUGAAGUGACCGGGAAGGCGGGAAUGAGGACCGACCGACGAUGUGCAUGUGCAGACAAUCAGUCGUUUCAAUCAGCUAGGCAAAGUAAUCCGAGGAAUUAGCUAGGUGGGUAGGCGAUGAUGGCACAGGAGGAAGCCAGCGCAUCGGCGAGCCGCGGCGGCAAGCUGCACGCGGUUGUGGUGCCGUUCCCGCUGCAGGGCCACGUCAUCCCAGCGGUGCACCUCGCGCUGCAGCUCGCGGCGCGGGGCUUCGUCGUGACGUUCGUCAAUACGGAGGCCGUGCAUGACAGGACAGCGCGCGCGCUCGGCGUCGACCCGGCUGGCUACGACGUCUUCGCCGGCGCGCGCGCAUCGGCGUCGUCGGAGAUGGACGUGCGGUACGAGCUGGUGAGCGACGGCCUCCCCGUGGCGUUCGACCGGACGCUGCAUGCCGACGACUUCAUGUCCGCGAUCCUUUACGCGCUCCCGGUCCACGUCGAGGAGCUGCUCUGCCGCGUCGUCGCCACGGACGACCCGGCCGUGACGUGGCUCGUCGCCGACACCUUCUUCCUGUGGCCGGCGACGCUGGCCAGGAAGCUCGGCGUGGCGUACGUGUCCUUGUGGACGGAGCCCGCGCUCGUCCUCAACCUGUAUUACCACGUCGACCUGCUCACCAAGAACGGCCAUGUCGGAUCCAAUGGUGAACAGACGGGACAACCGAGCCCGCCUUGAAUCUCUGUUCGCCCGAUUUGCUUGUACUGCCUUCGCGGGGCGUUUGCUGUACAGCUGCAAAAAUGCAUGUUUUCCCAUGCCAUUGGUUCUGACGAUCCUUGUGGAAAUUUUG